AUGUCCACACGCGACCUGCGCGAGGAGGGGGCUCCCAGGCGCGUGCCGCUUUUUAAGGAGACGCUGCGUCUAGAGACACAAGAGAAGAGGUCCUGCACGCGACUCUCGCAACACAAGCGCGUGGACACUGUUGUGUUUACCACAGACACAGAGAACACCUGUUACUGUUACUUCUGCAUCAUGGACGUCGCACCUGUGAUGGAGAACUGGAGCAAAGUGGCCCACGGCUCAACCCUCCUGGACGGGACAGGUACAGGAGAGGCUGCCCUCACGCUCAUGGACAGCAGCGGGGACCCACGCGCAUGGCUGGCUCCUCUGCAGUCCGCUGGCACCUGCUCUUCACCGGAGUACCUGCGCCACUCACCCUGCUCCAGCUCUGGAUCCUACGAGAGUGUCUCUCCUGGCUCUUCGGGACUACCCAGCCCUUCAAGCUUCAGGAAAACUGCCAAGAGUCCAGCCCCAUCCUCACUCAAGGUGCGGGACUUGUGCCGCCUCAAAGGCGCUGUCAGUGGCUCUGAGGACGGUAGCAGACAGAGAGCUCCCUCCAGUAAACCCGCCAACGGUGUCCAGAAACAGAGACGCGUCGCUGCGAACGCGCGUGAGAGGAGACGCAUGCACGGCCUGAACCACGCAUUUGACGAGCUGCGCAGCGUCAUCCCAGCGUUUGACAACGACAAGAAACUGUCCAAAUACGAAACUCUGCAGAUGGCGCAGAUCUACAUCAACGCACUGGCAGAUCUUCUGGAGGGUCCCACUCCUAGCGCAUGCGCAGAAGGUUCUAGCAGUGGCACCCCAAAGGCGGAUGUGCGGCUGGGAUCACAGGGAACGUCUGCUCCAGGUGCGCAACUAAGUGGAUCGUCGUUUGUGCCCUUCGCUGCCCUGGAAGAGGCUCUCUGCGCGGCCUCAGACUCUAUGCGUAAAGCCUCUCCACGGAGCGACGGAGAGUUCUCUCCGCGCUCGCAUUUUAGUGACUCUGACGAGGCUGCGCUGGAGCUGCAGUCCAGUGAAGAGGACGAGCUUCCAGAGCCGCACGGGUCCUUCUGA